CGCUGCAGCCCGCCCGCCUCCUUCCCACGUCCCCUCCCCGCCCGCUCCGCUCCCUCUCUCCCGUGGCAUCGGGGCGUCAGCUUGGGAGAGCCAGCCUUGGGGGGACAGCCGUGGGAAAAGGAGAGGGGGUUGGGGGGGGCACACCUCCCCUUUCUCCCCCCUGCUCCAGGACGCAGAGAGCCCGUAACACUCUUGGAGAAAGUUGCAGGGGCCUCACGGGGAGCGUCUCCCAACUUUUCAGCCGGAGGACGGGAAAAAAAAUAAUAAUAAGCCUGGUUCGCAAGAGGUGGCCAACGAGGAGACAGAGGCACUUUCCCUGCCACCCAAUCCCAAGCUCCUGUCACCUGCUCCCCCCACUUCCAAGAAGACAGUGGAUUAAGUCCUAAGUCCACAGCCAGACACAGCUUCCAGUGGCUACCGCAGCACCGGGAUUGACCCCAGACUGCUGCUCUGUGGGCACCUCUGUGCUGCCACUGUCCCCACCACCGGGGACUUACCUGCUGCGGGUGAUUUCCUAAGCGUGACAUAGUGAAGGGAAAGGGGGACAGGCACCCUUCCCACUCACUCAAAGCCAAAGUGACGUGAGCUGUCCCCGCAAGAGCACCGGAGCAGGAUGAGGCGGCCGGGGAUGUGACAGGCCACCCCAGUGCUGGAAGCCCGGCAAGGGCUGUUUUUUUGGAGCUUUUGCAGGAGCAGGGGUGAGGUGAGGGGUGCAACAUGAGCCUGGGGAAGCUGCCGGUGCUCAGCUGGGUGUCAGGCUCCCACGGCAAGCGGCGGCUGAAGUCGGAGCUGACACCAGACAUGAUCAGCCCGCCACUGGGGGACUUUCGGCACACCAUGCACGUGGGGCGCGGCGGGGACGUCUUCGGGGACACCUCCUUCCUCAGCAACCAUGGCGGGGCUGACACAGCCAAAGGCAACAACUUCUUUGCCCGGACGCUGCGGCACGUCCGCCGGUCACCCCUGAGGAGGCGGGGUAGUGGGGGCCAAGCAGGGGCAUCGCCUGCCCCCCCGGCCAUCUCACCCAUCAUCAAGAACGCCGUCUCGCUGCCACAGCUCAACGAGGUGACAUACGAUGGAGGUGGUGGCCGGGGCUUGACCAGCAAGUUCUCCUUCAAAAGUGCCUCCAACAACUUCUCCAAAACACACCAGGCCUACGGACUGGAGUCCGGGUUUUGCACCAUCCCCCGUGUCCCUCGCCUGGAAAAGGCCCAAGAGAGCACGUUCCCCAGGGAAGCAGAGCUGAAGCGCUCCGACUCCCUGCUCUCCGACUCCCUGCUCUCCUUCCGCCUGGACCUGGGGCCCUCCCUGAUGAGCGAGCUCCUCCAGGUGAUGAACUUCUCUGAAACCAAUGGGAAUGAGGUGGGGGAGGAUGACCCAGACCUCCUGUGUGAUGAGGGGACCAAGGACGAGGUCCCUCCAGUAUCAGGUGCAUCCUAUGGAAAGGACCAGGCAACAUCCAGCUUCUGGGACCGCUCUGGGCAGAGCAGCCUGUCAGGGGCCAGCUCACUGCCAGGACUGUCAGCCCAUGCCAAUGGGGAGGCACACGCCAUCAAGGGUGCAGGAGAAGACCCUGCCUGGGCUUCGGGGCUAGGGGCAACACCCAAAGGGACCCCAUGGCAGGGGCACUGGAAUGACUGCACCAUCGAGGCGGGAGAGUUUGAUCGGGCAGCCCAGGUCCUGGCCCGCCAUUAUGGUGGGACCAGCACUCCCCGGAGCUCAGAGAGGGGUGAGGGUCCCCGGCAGGCCCGGACGCAGACCCUGUGGGAGAGCCCCAGCAGCAGCUCAUGGCGAUCACAAGUGUCAGGAGAGAGCCGGUCCCCUGAGGCCACCUGGAACCAAGGAGAGGAGGAGGACGAGCUCUCCAGCCUGCAGGAGGGGUAUGCUGGUGCCCGGGGGGCACGCAACAACUCCUUCGAGUACGCUGACGAGGAGGAGGAUGAUGAAGUCAAGGUGUGAAUGGCCACCCCCCCAUCACAGCCCCCUGCCAGAGGCACCUGUGACGGGGGUCUUCACCCUCCUCCCCAUCCCCUCACCCUCUGCCACCAGCAGACCCAGAGGGCAACCUCCAUGCCAAACUGGGGACACUGGGGGGCAGGAGGAGAACCUGUCUUUCGUGGUGCUCUCUGUGCCUGGGCCAGGCUGCUGUGGGGGGGGCUAGUGAGAGCUGUGCAUCACAGCACAGGGCAUUGCAGCCCUUCCCCAGCCUCACUGCCAUUAGACUCCAAAGGGGCAUUCCCAUGUGCCAAAGAAACCCCAAAUCCCUUCCCACCCCCUCCUGUUCCCCCAGCAUCCUCUCUCCCAUCCCUCAACCUGGCCCCACAAGCAUGUCUGGGGACAUGCCCUGUCCUUCCAUCGAAGCCCCCAACCACUCCCUCUGCUGUUAUGGGUGUCCCUCCUGGAGAUAUUCGCACCAAUAGCUCCCGCAUGUAGGGGAUGGGGCCUCCCCAGCUCCAGCUGGUGCAAGAUCCUCUCAUGUAGGACAUCUAUCUACCAGGAGAGGUCAGCUAGGGAUUCAAGGGGCAGCCAAACCCCACAGAGCUGGGCUUUCUCUUCUUGCCUCCCAAAAAAUAAGUCAUGAGCUCAGUGUUUCUCACCUCAGGAGGUGAGAGCACACACAGAGAUAAUCACAGGGGUCUUUCCACUUGCCUGCUGCUGCUGAGUGUCACUUAGGAUGGCUCCUUUUUCAACCCCCGCCCCCUCGCAGCAGGGAGGGGAGGAACCUCUGGGCUGGCUGGAGGCAGAGGCGAGGCUGUCAGGUCACCAAAUUCUGCAGUUCAGGCUCCAAAAAUCCCUUCCUUCCCCCCUCUGCCUCUGCACAGGGAGACUCCCACUCUGCAGCCACUUGGCCCACACCCCCUCUUCCCCAUCCUUACCCCUUCUCCCCGUUCCCCACGCGUGCACCCCUUUCCAGCACGCCCCUCUCCAGGGGUGUGCACGUAGGGAUGGCUAAUGCCCCAUGCCAAGUGGCUCUGGGCGACCUGGCCUCCCUGGAACGAGCUGCCCCCCACGCUGCCCCGCGUGCAAACCGGCCCUCACAGAAGCGCCUUUGUGCCACGGCACGGAGCCGAGACGCUCGGGGGCUGAGGUCACUGGAGGGACCCUCACAGCAUCCCCCUUGUUCUCCAGGACAGGAGGGGGCGGGCGGCGGGGGGAGAUGCCAGGCCAUGGCCACAAGGCUCAAUCAGCUCCCACGCAGCUCACCCACUGCCCGGCUGCUUCUGGCAGGGAGCUCUUCAGAGCAGAAUAAAGAGGCUUGGGCGUACACGUGUUGUGGAUGGGAGUGCCACUCACAGUCAGGCCACUGAGGGUACGGGCAAGCCCAUCUCCUCCUGGGCAGCUGCCUUGGGCUGGCUGGCAGCAGCAAGCCCGGGCAGGCAGCAGCUUCAAGGAGUCCCCAGCUCUGGCUACUGACACCCAGCAGGAUCAGCCUUAGCACCCCUGCACCCUCCAGGGCAGGGACCCUGGCUCUCAGGACGAGGUGCCCCUGCCCUCCGCUUCCCAGACAGUAACACAAGCUCCAGACCAAAGACCCAUAUCCGUGGAAUAGCCUUUCUGCCUCCACUCUGUAUCCCAUGCACUUAUUAUUGUCCUUAUUAAAGCAGUUUUGAUACUAA